UUCCCAUGCAGACUUUGUGUCUCUGAUCCGGAGGGGAGACCGGUCCAGGUUUGACGUGGAGGUCCUGAAACAGCUGAUCAAACUGUUGCCAGAGAAACAUGAGGUAGAGAACCUGAAGUCCCUCCAGGUUGACAGGGACAAGUUGGCGUCUGUGGACCAAUUUUACCUGCAGCUGCUGGACGUCCCCAGUUACUCUCUGAGGAUUGAGUGUAUGUUGCUGUGUGAGGAGAGCAGCUGUGUGUUGGAGACUCUGAAACCCAAAGCAGAGCUGCUGGACCGAGCCUGUCAGCGUGUGAAGGAGAGCGUCCGUCUUCCCAGCUUCUGUAAACUCAUCCUCAGCGUCGGAAACUUCCUCAACUACGGGACCCACACGGGUAACGCUGAAGGUUUUAAGAUCGGGACUCUGCUCAAACUGACGGAGACUAAAGCCAACAGGUCCAGGAUCACCCUGCUGCACCACAUCCUGGAG